ACAAACUGUAGAGACUAAUUUGCUCGUUUACUAAAUGUGAAAUCGUCAAGCCGUGUGUUUCGUUGCCGUUGGUUUUGGUAGAGAGUUCUCCAAAAGCCCAGUUCUUCUUUAUCGGGUAGAUUAAUGUUUUAAUGAAAAUUUAGCAUAGUAGUAUUAUAUUAUAGCACUAUUACACUAUAUGGCAAUUGACAAUCAACAUGCAAUCCUUGAAAUUUCCCUAAUUCAAUUCAGGUGACCCAGUUUCGCCUAAAAGCUAGCUGAUAUUUAAGGGCGAUGAGACAAACAGCUGAUAAGGAUCGAUGUGGAAAAUAUUUGCUUAGUUACUGACUCAUCUGUUAUUGAAAAUUUUAAUGAAACCAGUUGGACGACAUACCUGUAGUAGCUUCAAAAAUGGCUCAUCAUCAUUUCUGUUCGUUCGGUUUUUGUUUUCUAUUUUUGCUAUUGUGGGCCAAUUAUUUGGUCGGAGCUGAACUUCCGUUGGAAGAACAAUUACGGGAACUGAGGGAAAAUUACAUGCAAUUUAAGGAAGCCAUGGAGGUGAAAGUUUCCCGGCUGGAAAUGGAAGACGCUCGACUAAAGGCGCUGCUUGAGCUGAAGGAUCGGCAACACGAAAUUCUGGCCGAAAAAGUAAGUCGACUGGAACUGCGAAACGAACGGGAAACAAGCCGCCAAUUAGCGGGAAGGAACGCAAUACUCAGAACUUGUCGGGAAAUUAGGGCGGCUGAUCCUUCCGCUAGUUCCGGAAUGUACUGGAUCGAUCCUGACGGUCAAGGAGUCGGCGAUGACCCGAUUUACGUCCACUGCGACAUGGCGUCAGGAUCGACUGCUAUUCCGCACGACAGUGAGUCGUCGAUGGAUGUGGGACACUGCGCUGACCCUGGAUGCUAUUCCAGAACAAUUAGUUACAAUGCCAGCAGCCGACAAAUGUUGGCUUUGGCCGAGCUUUCCGUCGAAUGCCACCAGUCAAUCAAAUACGAUUGUAACUUUGCGCCGUUGGAAUUCAAUUUAAUAUCCUACUCCUGGUGGAACGACAGAAACGGAAAUUCAAAAACUUUCUGGGCCGGUGACAACACGGACGUUCACCUUUGCCAGUGCGGAUUGGAUGGAAAUUGUGUCGAUCCUUCCGUCCAAUGCAACUGCGACUCGAUGGCUCCAGUGCCAUUAGUUGACGAUGGUACAAUAACGGACAAAAAUGUUCUUCCUAUCACUCGACUGAACUUUGGUCGAACGCAAUUGGAAACUUCGUCCGGUGUCCAUACACUGGGCCACUUCGAAUGUACCGGACAAGUGGCCGUCAGUGGAAUGCCAAGUUCAUGUGCAGAUUUGUGGAGAACUGGACACUCCCUGAGCGGAUUAUAUUCAGUCGUGGGAACAGCAAUGGUCGAAAGUGUUUACUGUGACUUUGCCAAGUUACCUAGCGACUCCAGUUUCCAGACCUGGAUCGGGUUCGAAGAUGUGAAAUCAUCGCCCACUUACUUUUACGUUCAGAUAUCUAACUCUUCAUUCAAUGUACCAAAUGUUCCCAUAACAUUUGACGCCGCACGACUAAACGUGGGAGGAGCCAUGAAUUUAGAAACGGGCAAAUUCACGGCGCCACGAAAGGGCAAAUAUUUUUUCUCGGCAUCCGGACUUGGAACUAUUUCGGCAUCUUCAUCUAGAUUUUAUGGUAAUAUUCAUAUCGUGUGGAACGGUAACCGAAUCGGAGGUAGUGUUUCAGAUGACUCCGCAAAUGUUAGUCAAUUCGAACUAUUUUCCUUGCAAUCGACACUCAAUUUGCAAGCGGGUGACCAAAUCUGGUGGGAGAUAGGAAACAUGAGUCCAGGAUUUAAUAUAUACCCCAAUGGUUAUAAUAAUUUUAGCGGUGUUCUCUUGGAAGAAGAAAUUACCGAUUCACUAAAAACAAUAUGAUAAAUUCACUCAAUCAAAUUAAUUGUUAUUGCUCUUAUUAUCUGCGUUAUUCAUUUGUGCCAGCCUUUUAUUGAAUACAACUCGUACAAUUUA